AUAGGAUGCUUCCACUUUCCGUUGCUUGCUUUCUCAGUUAUUUUAAUUGUUUAUCUGGGUUGUGUUCUAUUCUACGUGGUUUAGAGCUGUCUUUGAGAAAUUUUGGACAAGCAAACUGUGAAGAUGGUGGGAGGUUUUAGUCUGACUCGUCUUUUUACCAGAUCGCUUCUUCCAGCAAUCCACCCAACCAGAGCCCGAACAUCCAUGGUCCACUCCACGCCGUUCUCGAUACUCCGGACAGUCGAAGAGGUCAGAGAUUGGCGGAACCAUCUGCCGGAUCCGAGCUCGAUCGGCUUUGUGCCCACGAUGGGCGCCCUCCACGAGGGACACCUCCAACUGGUUCGACAUUCGCUGUCGACCCAGCAAAACACGAUCGUCUCGAUCUUCCUCAAUCCAGCCCAAUUCGGCCCUACGGAGGACUUGUCGAGUUACCCCUCUACCCUAGAAUCCGAUCUCAAGCAGUUGUCGGCCCUUCAGGUGAAGCCCGGAUCUCAUGAUAUCCCGCACGACGGCUUCGAUGGACGAACGGGAUCGGGUACGACUGAAAAGGCCGACAGGAUUAGUACAUCUGCAGCUCAGGAGGAGUCUGCUCGCAAGGUUUCGGCCGUCUUCCUUCCAACCAACGAAGUCUUGUACCCAUCGGGGAUAGCGGCUGAGCCGAAGGAUCAACGUGGAGCAUUCGUGAUAGUCCAUGGGCUGUCGGAACAAUUGGAAGGCGCUCGUCGACCGGGCUUCUUCCGCGGAGUAGCCACAGUCGUCCUCAAAUUGUUCAUGAUCGUCGAACCCACCCUCGGAUUCUUCGGCCAAAAAGACCUCCAACAAUGUCUGCUGGUUCGCCAACUGUGCAAAGAUCUUCACCUGAUUCGACCCAGAGCUAUCGUCGCUGCACCCACCGUCAGAGACAGCUCAACAGGCCUGGCCUUGAGCAGUCGCAAUGCAUAUCUUUCUCCCAGUGAAGCUAAGCUUGCAAAUGCCUUAUUCACUUUCCUUCAUCAAUCUGCCCAGAAAGUCCUCGCAUCAGGACACAUUCCCACCCUCGAAGAACUCGCCAACUCCUUCGAUCCCCCACACCCAUCGUUCUCAUUAGAUUUCGUAUCGAUCAACGACCCUAUUACUUUCAACGAAAUCCCUUCCGGCACUAAAGUCCAUCCUCACUUUCCGAUCGCAAUCUCUGGCGCUAUGUUGGUCGAUUGUAGCUCCGGUAGACUGGUACGCUUGAUCGAUAAUGUCGUCAUCAACCAUGAUCUCAAUCAUGCCGUUUAAAGUUUUUUUCCAUCAUGUUUCGUUAAGUUAUUGGUUUCUCUCAUUUAGAAGUCUAGACGCAAUCUCCGUAUUUUUUUUCCCCCUUCUUCUAUGUAAUUUUCUUAUGGAAAUACAUCGUCUACCUAUGUAGCGC